GGCAAAACGGCACUCAUUUUAUUUUGCUAGUGAAUCCAUCGCGGUGUGCUCUUGGUAUCUUCUUGGCUCAGCCAGGCACCCAGCCUGUGCCGGCCAAUAGACUAUUACGCAACGCUGUCUAGGUACCGGUGGCGCGGCUUAUUCAGGCCAGAUGAGGGGGGAUUGUGAUGGGGUGCAACACCUUGGCGCGCAUGAGUUUGCUUUGCGCUUGGCCUUUUUGCUUUUCGAGUGUUUAUCUUUUUUUUUUCUUAGCCGUCUCAGUCGUCUGGUCUCAUUCUUUAACCGGCCUUGUCCUGCAGCCACCAGACCCAAUGAUGUUUCUGGCGUGGCUACCUAGUUUCUCACUCCUUCAACGACAUCUCCAGAGUUUUUGUCGCACCUCACGUUUACAAUGUCGCAUCUACACCCAUCGCGAUAGCUUCAUUCUAUCCGCCCUGUCGACGAACUCAAACGACAUCUUCCACAAUCUUCAAUGAUCACGACGACGACCCACCUCAUCACUACACCAGCCUCAUCCUGCUGACGACGGCUGCUUCUCAACUCAACCACAACUUAAGGCAUAGCUUACGUCACUCGUGCGCUCCCUUGAGAACCAUUCCUCCCUCUCAACCAAGAUCCCGUGUGCCUCUCGACAUCACGACUACUUCCCAUUGAAGGAUCUUCUACUCUCUCGCUCUGCUUCCUUUCCGCGGUUCUGCAUAUGCGACUCUGACGUGCAUCGCCAACAACCGCCACCCAAUCGCCGGUGCGUAGGGGCCACCACCUCAUGACAACCUCACCACACCACCACCAACCCCUCACCUCGAAUCACAUCCAACCACCCAAUCACGUCCACUGUCUCCAGAAGCAGCCAUGUUCCUCCCCUCACCGCGCAUAAGACGCCUCUUCAUCCUCCUCUUCCUUGCCUUCCUCGUCGGCAACGCCCUCUUAUUCCUCAUCCUCCCCUACGACAACCCCCUCGUCCUCGCCUUCCGCUUCAACACCGCCAGCCUCAAAAACUGGUGGCGCGGCCCGGGAACCGAAAAGGACGCCUGGCUGUACGAGCCCGCCAAGUUCCCCAUCGAGUACCGCACCGACGUCGGCCUGCUCAUCAAGACGGGCUACGGAACCCGCCACCGGCUCGCGGCGCAGCUUGAAGCGUUUGAUCUGACGGCGCGGGAUAAGGAUGCGUUUGUGGUCGUGGGCGACUGGACGCCGCGGGAGAAUGGGACGAUUGCUGGGGUGAAGGUGCACGAUGCCAUUGGCGGCGUCAUGGCAAUGCCGGAGAUGAGGGCGCAUCAUGAUGCGCCCAAGUUCAAGGAGUAUCUCGCGCUCAAGGAUGCUGUGCAGAAGGGAGAUGAUGCCAAGGCUACUGAGAUUGGACAGAGUUUCGGGUGGGAUCUGGAUGCGCUCAAGUUCAUCUGGGGCCUCGAAUACAUCUACGAUAACCUCCCGCAAAAGAAAUGGUACGUCAUUGUCGACGAUGAUACCUACCUCGUCAAAUCCUCACUCCGACUCCUCCUCGCACACUGGGACUCGGACGAGCCGCAGUACAUUGGCAACGCAGUCGGCGACUUCAAGGGCCGCUUUGCCCAUGGCGGGUCAGCCGUCGUAAUAUCGCACGAGGCGGCGAAGCAGCUCCUCUCGAGGCGGGAUGUAGUCGCCGCGGCGCAGGAGCACUCGCUCAAGGAAACAUGGGGUGAUAAACUCGUCGCGACGGCAUUUCAGAAGAUCGGGGUGUACCUCGACGAGCGGUACAGCCAUUUCUUCAAUGGCGAGAGACCGAAUAUCAGCAAGAUGAUGGCGGAUCGGUUUUGCUCGCCACUAGUUUCGUUCCACGGGGUUGCGGACCCAGCGGAGAUGAAGAAGGUUGGACGGGCGUUUGCGGACGAGAGGAGUCCGGUGUUCUGGGGUCAACUGUGGGAGAUUUACGGCGCGCCAUCGGUGGAGGAGUUUAGGAGGAUGCCGGUUCGGACGGGGCGGGAUUAUGUUGGGAGGAUUGAUGAGCGAGCUAGGAUGGUGCACGCGGUUGAGAGCGCGGAGGCGUGUUUAAAGGAGUGCGAGGGUAUGGGGAGCAAGUGUUUGGCGUGGGCUUGGGUUGAGCAUACCUCGGAGUGCAAGCUCAGCCCAUGGAUGAUUCUUGGGGAGGAGGUGCAGGGGCACUAUUCGGGGAUCAACACGGACGAGGUUGAGAAGCUACAGGUAAGUUGUUAAGAAGGUGAGAAGGCGGCGAUAGACGGCAACGGUAGACAUGAGAGCGCGAUGAUACCCAGGGAACACACAGGCGUAGAGGCGGCGGUUAGGAUUGAACUAUAUUUCGUUGGUAUUUCGGGGAUGGCGCGGCAACUUUAGGCUUUUACAAUGGAUACAAAAUCAACACGUUUCGUCUUCAAUGAGGC